AUGGCUGAAGUCACGAAGCCCGCCUCACAAGAAGACUCGACCAUCGGAAAGAGCGAAAUAGUCGUAGAUGCCGUGGAACACAACCCCGCUCUCGACCGGAAGCUACUCCGGAAGCGAGACAUGGUGUUGAUUCCGAUCACGGGCGUGCUGUACACGCUCCUGUUCCUGGACCGCACCAACAUCGCGAACGCGCGGGCGUUGGGCAUCGGGUCUCCCGACGGGCUGGAGGGCGCGCUGGACAUGCCGGCAAACGGGUACAACGUCGCCUUGUGCAUCUUCUACAUCCCCUUCGUGCUGGCCGAGAUCCCUGCCAAUCUGGUGCUGAACUGGAAUCGCUUUCCGCCGAGAUACUUGCUCGGGGGGCAGAUGCUGCUGUUAGGAAUACUGGGCAUGUGCCAGGGUCUGACGCAGAGCUACGGCGGGCUGUUGGCCGUGCGGUUCCUGAUGGGCGUGUUCGAAGCGUCGCUGCCGGCCGGCGCGACCUACCUCAUCUCCGUCUACUACACGAAGCGCGAGGCGGCUCUGCGGUUCGCCUGGUUCUUCAACUUCGCCCUCGCCGGGCCCCUCUUCUCCGGGCUCCUCGCGUACGCCAUCCAGAAGAACGUCGACGGCGCCGGCGGCUACCAAGGCUGGCGCUGGGUCUUCAUCAUCGAAGGACUAAUGACCAUCCUCACCUCCCUCCCCGUCCUCCUCCUAACCCCGAACCUCCCGCACGCCGCGCAAUCCUGGUUCCUCCGCCCCCACGAGCGCGACCGCCUCCUCGCGCACCUCCGCGCCUCUUCCUCCUCCCCUUCCUCCCCCUCCCCCUCCCCCUCCGCCGCCCCAUCCGCCGCCACCCCCCUCCGCAAAAUCCUCCUCGACUGGCGCAUCCACACCCCGACCCUCAUCUUCUUCUGCACCGACAUGACCGCGGCAUCCAUCGCCUCUUUCGCGCCGACCAUCGUCGCCGAGCUCGGUCUGGCCUCCUCGCACACCGUCGCCCAGCUGCUCACCAUGCCCAUCUGGGCCACCGGCAUCGUGUUUACCUUCGUGCUGACGGGGCUGGCGGCGCGGUGGGACAUGCGUACGCCGUUCCUGCUGCUCGCCAUCGCCUCGCAGCUGGGCGGGUGGUCGAUUCUGCGCGCGGGGGCCACGGCAUCCGCCUCUGACGCCGCCGUCCUGCGGCCAGGCGCGCGCUACGCCGCCCUCUUCCUCCUGGCCGCAGGCACGGUCCCGCAGAUGGCGCUGCUGCUGAGCUGGCUGUCGGCGAACCUGCGCGGCGGGCGGCAGGUAGCCGUGGGGACGGCGUGGAUGACGGGCUUCGGCAACUGCGCGAACUUCGUGGCGGCGAAUGUGUUUAUCAAGAGCGAGGCGCCGCGGUACGUGACGGGUGCGACGACGGGGUUGGGGUUCACGGUUGCCGGGUUCGUGCUUGUGGUUGGGUUUGCGGCGGGGUUGGUGAGGGCGAAUAAGCGGCGGGAGGAGGAGCGGGCGAGGCUGUCGGAUGAUGAUGAGAAGGGGAGGUUUGAUGAGGUGCGUUUUCGGUAUGUGCUGUGA